AUGGCUGUUUGUGUCUUGAACCCAUCUCUCUGCCCGAGCGUGCAACACCAGUCUAACGGGCCACACGAGCCGAGAGGCGUUGGGCGACAAGCCUCAGCUCAGCAAUGGUUGGCUCCACACCAAGCUCUCUCUCCCAAGGCUGUUCUUUCAAACGGGGAGAUGGAAGAAAUUUUGGCAGAGACCCUGCUUGCAGGGCGCCACGGCGGGUGUUAUCAUGCUGCCUGAUGCUGUG